AUGGAAAGUGUUGAUUUGACUGCACAAACUAUAUUACCGCACUAUGCAUCUCUGAAUCCCGCAUCAGAGGAUGAUUUGCAUAAAUCGCUUUUAGAAAUGUAUGAUGAUUUAUUACCCAAGAAUGAAUUGUUGGAGAUAACAGACGCCAGCAAACCCUUGGUGAACCAUUUGAGUAACAUGAUUGAUGGUGAUACUGAAUCCAAUGAAAGAAAACGUAAAUAUGUAGCAUGUACUGACGAUGUGUUGGGGUAUUUGAAACUCCUUAAACAAAUGAAGAAGUUCAAGGCUACUACCCCUUUGCAGGAUGUUCAAAAUUUCAAGGUUUAUGAAGUUCAAAAAUUCGACCCUUCAGCUUUUAUAUCCUCUAAUCCAAAGCCUAAGACUUUUUUGGGAACCUUAUUCUCUAGUGUUAAGGAAUUAAACACAAAAGUAUCUACUCUAACUUCAGAACUCUCUGCUGCAAAUACAAAUAUUGCUAAUCUAACUUUGGAACUCUCUACUGCAAAUACAAAUAUAUCUAACCUAACUUUGGAACUCUCGACUGCAAAUACAAAUAUUGAAAAUCUAACUUCAGAACUCUCUACUGCAAAUACAAAGAUAGACACACUAACCUCAAAAGUACGUGCAUUACAAAUUGCUAGGAUAAGCGAACGUUUGGAUUCUAUUUUAAAGAAUUCUGGAAGAGAGAGCCAAUUCAACGUUUUCCAGCUUAGUGGCCAAUAA